AUGAACAUCGCCGAAAUAUUGAAUGACGACGGUGAAGAAAGAAUCCAUAACAAUGCGUCUAGUAGAAGUACAUCACCGAGGUCUGGAUCCCCUGUAAAGCGGCCACGAAACUCUUCUGACAUUGAAGGCGGGAGCGACCCGAAAAGGCUGGCUGAUGGUUCUACUAGUACUCUGAAAUCAGAUUCGACUCCUUUACAGCAAUCACCUAGUGCGGCAGGUCCCAGCGAAAGUGGCAACUCAAAUCUCAAUACUCGUAACUCGACUGGUGGGCUACCUCGGGAUAUCGAGCCUGAGCCAACUGCAGCUUCGUCGACCAUUGCAUCAGGGUCAAGCUCAUCAUUGGCUUCUAUACCAGGUCCAUCGAUUGGUUCUAGUGUGGUGAAAUCUGAACCUACUACUGAGGGUGCUCCGGUAGCGACUGUAAGUGGUGGUGAAUCGGAAGGAACCCCGGCAGCUGACAAGAAAGGAAAAUCGAAACGAUCAAAAGCCAAAAAUUCCACUUGGGCUAUUGAAGAUGACAGAAAAUUGGUGGAUUUAGUCAUGAGCACAUUGCCUACACAGGAUUUUGCCGAGUACGCAAGAGUCUUGAACAAAAGGGAUGCCCAAACUAUACGAUAUAGAUGGAAAGUCAUACUUCGCAGAGCAAAAGGUGAGGGUCUGUAG